CUCAUACUAUCUUGAACUGUAUACAACUUUGGAGCUAAUAAUUGCUUACUUGAGUUUGGCUUUUAGGCUGCAAAAAUGGAUUAUAAACCAAGCCAAAUGGUUGUAGUUUCCAGAAAAGUGGAGGCGUUUAUAAGAGAAUUUUUUAUCUAGAAUCCCCCGAGUCAAAUUGGCUUGGUAAUUUUGAAAGAUGGAGUAGCUCAUUGCUUAACAGAUCUUGGUGGCAGCCCUGAGGCUCAUAUCAAAGCAUUGAUGGGUAAAUUGGGGACCUCAGGUGAUGCAUCCCUUCAGAAUGGCCUAGAUCUUGUGCGUGAUCUCCUAAAUCAAAUCCCAUCAUAUGGGCAUCUUGACGUCCUUAUCUUGUAUUCAGCUCUUAGCACUUGUGAUCUAGGAGAUAUUCUGGAAACCAUCCAAAAGUGCAAAGCAUUUAAGUUAAGGUGCUCAGUAAUUGGUCUCUUUGCAGAACUCUACAUAUGCAAGCAUCUCUGCCAAGAGACUAGUGGAAUGUAUUUUGUUGCAUUGGAUAAGCCUCGUUUAAAAGAGUUGGUAUUGGAGCUUGCUCCACCUUCUCCAGCUAUUGCAGAGUUUGCUGUUGCAAAUUUAAUCAAGAUGGGGUUCCCCCAAAGAGUAGCGCAGGGUGUCAUUUCAAUUUGUUUAUGUCAUAAAGAGGCUAAAGUUGGUGGUGGAUACACUUGUCCGAGAUGCAAAACACGUAUAUGUGAGCUGCCAGCUGAGUGCUGCAUCUGCGGCCUGACUCUUGUUUCUUCUCCACAUUUGGCAAGGUCAUAUCACCAUCUCUUCCCAAUAAGGCCAUUUGAUGACGUUUCGCCGUUAGUUCUAAAAGAUCUUCACAAGUUACCUAAGAAUUGCUUUGGUUGCCAAUUAAGUCUCCUAAAUCCUGGAAAUUUGCCAGGUCCACAGGUUGCUUGUCCAAACUGCAAACAACACUUCUGCCUUGAUUGUGAUAUUUAUUUACAUGAGAGUUUGCACAAUUGUCCAGUUUGUGAGAGCUUAAGGAAUUCCGAGACUAGUAGUGAUAUGGAACAAUGAUAAACAUCUGUUUCUGAAGUGGUUUAUUUCUCAAAUGGAACAAGCUAAAUGGCAAAAUGUAAUGUUAUGUUAGAUGUUCUUUUCAAGUAAAUCUUGUUUCACAGCAUGUCCUGAGGAAAAGUCAAGCUCGCUACUUUUAUAGGAAUCUUUAUUGUUGGAUGCAGCCAAUUUCUAUGGAACAGCUAUGGGAAACGUAGUUACAGAUCUCAAAGUGAAACUCCUAUGGUCUAAUUAAAAGUUCUUUUUUUUUUUGGAGCAAUGCAGGAUUAUAAGUUCUUUUUUUUUUGAAGCAAUGCAGGAUUAUGGCAUGAUGUAUCAUAUAUGACACUAUCAGAUUGUUGCUUCUUGCACCUUCGAAUUUUGACUUUAAAGAAGAAAAAUGAAAGACGUGAUGAGAUCUCUGUUUACCUUCGAGCGUCAGGAAUUUUUGCAUUUGAUGACCGGACAAUCCACUGGUGAAAUAACUUUUUAGUGCUUCAUUGCGCAUUUCCAAGGGUAGAGGCCUUUGCUGCUGCUGGUAGAUGAGGAUUAUCCAUCAAGGCUCUUAAGCCAAGAGAUUGUUCAGGCACAAUUAGCAAUAGCUCUUAUGACAAGUCACAUAAGCCUUAUUCAAUCUUUUGGCACCACUGAGAAUGACACAUGAACUGUAAACACCUGCUCCUCCUGUUUGUGCAUAAUAUAAGUUGAUUUAAAUCA